AUGCCAACGCCAUCCGACGCAACGGUCGACCCUUCGGUCCCCACGGAGGACCCCGCCUGGCGCGAGCUGCUAGCGGAGCCGGCCGAGCGCUUCGAGCGCCGCAUCGGGAAGGCGAAGCGGCUCAUCUACCCACGCCGCACCGCCGAGGACUGGCGCAAGGCCUCGUUCGCCUCCGACACGGCGCUCGCCGCGCAGCUCGAGGCGAUCCCGGACAACGGGCCGCGCAUCGACACGCGCGAGGUCAGCCGCGAGGAGUUCGUGCGCGACUGGGAGCAGCCGCGGCGGCCGUAUGGCGGCGAGCGCUUCAAGGUCGGAGAGGACGACGACUCGUACGCGGUGUGGCUCAAGCUCAAGCGCCGCCCCGCGCCGCGCCUCUCGCCGGGUCGGUACUACCUGCGCUACCUCGCGACGAGCCGCGAUGACUCUCCCCUCUACGUCUUCGACUCCUCCUUUGCCGAGCGGAGCGGCACCUCACGGCUCGGUCGCGACUACGCGCCGCCGCACUACUUUGCAGACGACCUCUUCCGGUACGCGGGCGAGAGGCGGCGGCCUCCGUAUCGCUGGUUUGUGCUCGGCCCGGCUCGCUCCGGCUCGUACGUCCACAUCGACCCGCUCGGCACGUCGGCGUGGAACGCUCUGCUGCAGGGCCGCAAGCUUUGGGCGCUCCUCCCGCCCCACGUGCCGAAGGAGGUCGUCCAGCCGACGCCGAAGCUGCACGGAGGCGGGGAGGCGGUCGCGUGUGCGGGCGAGGGGCUGGGAGUUGACGAGGGAGUGGCCGUCGGAGACUGA